CGGCCCUACGCAACAGUCAGGUGCAUGAGCGGACAAAUGUGAGGAAAGAUGCAUGUCUGAGCGAGCAGGCCAGGACUAGAGUUUUGAGGAGCAGCAUAUAAGAGAGGCUAUGAACCGCCCAUCCCAUCUCCAAUCAAUCAACUCCAUUACCAACAUUGAUACUUUAUCUCCCACCGGGACACCGUCUCUCUCUCUUUCGCUACUCUUCAACCCUCACCGUUACUUUUGCCACGCAGAGCACAUCAACCAGGCUUGCCAAUAAUCCCACUAUCCAAACCACCUCUGAGCCAGCUCGAUCAUCUAACACCUAUUAGACAGGAAACAUCUUUUUCAAUCCGCGAAGCCUACACCAGACUUCUUUUCCCUCGCAUAGCACGAUGCAAGGCUUACCCAGAUAUCCUCCAUCGGCCGCCAGUGCAGACUCUCGGAUGGCCGAGGGGGCCGAUAAACCAGUCCUAUUACUUCACGUUCGAGAAGCGUCGGCAUCGGAAGCGAACGGAAGCCCAUCGGAGUUCGACAAACCGUCUGCGCAGGAAGAAAGAACUCCUGAACUAGUGUCUUCGGCCCUCCCCGGCAAUUCAUUUGGUUCCCGAAGGUUACACAAAAAUCCCAAUCUCAACAUCUCGAUCCCUCCAUUGGCAGCGGUCAAGCCUACUCUUGGACUUUCGCCUUCGGGUAUCACCCAAGACCCGAUGACACCUAUCUUCCAGAUCGUUCAUACUCCUACCACUGCUCCGGGUGCACCAGGACCUGGGGACCCGGCUGAAAUUCGACGAUUAGAGGAGAGCUGGGCCGCCAAUAUGAUUGACUAUGACCAGAUUUCACCAGCGUUUCCAAACUUCCGCCCGCCUACAUUCAAUGAAUUCCCAACCAAGAACCCCCACGACGGCUCGCUCAAAAAGUCCAGUUUCCACUCUGAUCACGCCGAUGCCAAGAACAAUGACGACUCCUUGGCCCUCAGAGAGAUGUUUGCUCUCACCGCUUCAGCAAAAACGCCAACCUUUCCGCCACCCUCUCUUGCCUUGGAUUUCGGAAAGGUUGACGCGCGCAAGAUUGACGACAAGUAGGACCAAGUGUCGAUUUUCAUUCACCGUCUCUGCGUUCUCCGGAAAAUUUUCUUCCUGGUUCAGUGUUCGCUCAGAUUUCCAUAUCAAUUGGUCCAGUUAGUUUCAUUUACCGCGGCUUGUGGCCAUUAUCAGUUUUGUAUCUCGGCUUGUGGCCUUCAUUAUUUUUCAUCAUGGCAAAGCCUACCAUCUCGUGCACAAUUUUAGUUUAUUUAUUCACGCAGCUCUUCCUUUGUAGUUUAGUACAUUUUUAACAAGUAUGCACAAUCACCAAUCCACUCUUUUUUCG